AUGUCGGCCAAGAAGCAACCCUCAAUAAACCAGUUCUUCUCAAGUCAAAGGUCCAAAAGUUCAGAAAAUGAAGAGUCUCCAAGAUCAAGCCCUUCGAAGCAAUCAUAUUCUAAAGGCAUUGAGAAAUUUCAGUUUGUCAAACAGCAAACCGCAAUCGAUUCUCCAAAAAAGCUAAUGGUAGAGGAUGAUGCACCCGCUUCUGGAUCAAGCACACCCAAUACCUCACCAUUGCCCACAGGUUUUGCCAGCUCAAACUUACUCGACAGUUUCCAGUAUGACAAGAACUCGUCAUCCGUCCCACCACGGACAAAACGCCACGCCCCACAUCCUAUAACCAACAACAGCAAACCAAAAAAGCCUCGCACUACCAAGCUUACCCCGUUGGAGAACCAGAUCUUGGAACUAACUGAACUCCACCAGGAUAAAAUCCUUCUCAUUCAAGUCGGGUACAAGUACAAAGCAUUUGGAGAAGAUGCAAAACACGUUUCGAAAUGUUUAAACAUCAUGUAUGUUCCGAGCUCCGAUGCUCGAUUUGCAUAUUGCUCCUUCCCUGAUACCAGGCUCCACAUUAACCUACAGCGAAUUUUGAAUAGUGGAGUCAAGGUGGGUAUUGUCAAGCAAAUGGAAACAGCAAUUGUUAGAGAGAUUGACAAAGCGGGCAAGAGCGGUGAUUUAAUGAGGCGCGAAGUUACCGGAGUUUAUACAAAGGGCACUUAUAUGAGUGAUGAGUUUGUUGGUAGUAACUUGAUACCAAAUACGGUCGAGGAGGAACAUAAUAGCUAUAUUGUGUGUAUUAAUGAGGUGUCUGAUCGUGAAUUUGCCGUUAUUGCCGUGCAGCCAUUGACGGGUGAAAUAAUUUACGAUGUGUUUGUUGACGAUGUGAGUCGAGAAGAGAUGGAAACUAGAUUGUUGUAUCUUCGACCUAGUGAAGUCAUCGUCAUUAAUGGUGAGGAGAGCAUCAAUCCCACAACCAUGAAAUGUUUGAAACUCGUCAAUCAUGAACUCAAGAUUGAGCAUAGGAGAACUGGACAUGUGCAAUUCGGUGACCACCUAAAUUUGGACAUGGCUGAUUAUUAUGUUGAAAAUUUCCCCUUACUGGUCCAACAAUGCUUUUACGAACUUAUUGUAUACUUGGCGGAAUUCAAGUUGAGCAACGUCUUUACAAUCUCACAAAAUAUAACCACUUUCAAGGAUGCUCGAAAAUAUAUGAUACUACCCGCAAGUACACUUUCCGCAUUGGAAAUUUUCACCAAUUCAACCGAUCCAAAGUCACCUAGAGGAACAUUGGUGUGGCUUCUCAAUCACACUCGAACGAGGUUUGGAAGCCGAUUGCUACACAAGUGGAUAUCUAGACCAUUGAUUGAUAGGGAGAGGAUUGAGGAGCGGUAUGCGGCGGUGCAGGAGUUAGGACUGGAGUUCAACCACGUGGUUGAUUCUUUAAUGAAACAGUUGGAAAAGAUUGGCAAACUGUUGGACAUGGAAGAGUUGCUCAUCAAGAUACAUUAUUCGGCAACUACUCAAUCAACAAGAAUAAACAGGAAGCAAAUUUUCGUGUUGUUGCACAGUUUUAAUGAUGUGUUGACGUUGGUGAAGCUGUUUGCCAAGACGAUACGAAGCUCGAGCUUGAAUUUGACGUCGUCAUUGAUUGUCCAAAUGUUGAAUAAUUUACUAGAGCUGGCUGAGUUGGGAAUCGUGGAAAAUUUCAUCACCAUGAUGAAUCCUUCCUAUUUGUUUAAUGAACUGAAGGAUCCUUUUGAGCAAAAAUCGGGCUUUUUCAAUUUAAACCAUGGAUAUGAUGACAUUAAUCACGAAUUUGCUGAAAUAAAGAAUGUGGAGCAAUUACUAGAUAAGGAGCUUGUCAAGGUGAGAAAAUUGUUGCAGCGACCUCAAUUAAACUACGUGACAUGUAAUCGUGAGCCAUAUCUUAUUGAAGUACGAAAUGGGAAAGCUGUUGAUGCGUUGCCGUCCAAUUUCAUCAAGAUUAAUGGAACUGCAACAGUUAGUCGAUUCAGAAACAAGGAGAUUUCAAACUUGUACAAGUUGAAACAAUACCACGAAGAAAUAUUGAUUCAACGCUGUGAUGAAGCAUUUGUUGAGUUUCUACAAAAUUUGGACUCACAGUAUGGGUUUUUCCAAAAAGUUGUCAAACAUCUAGCCACGUUGGACUGUUUGCUUUCAAUUACAGCAGCUAGUGUACUCAACAAUCAAGUGAGACCAACAUUGACUGAUGAUCUAGUAAUUGAUGUGAAACAAGCUCGACACCCAAUAGUGGAACAGUUGAGAGAUGGGUACGUUGGCAAUGACAUCAAUAUUCAAUACGACACUAAUCGAGCAUUGAUUAUAACUGGUCCAAACAUGGGUGGAAAGUCGUCGUAUGUAAAAAUGGCGGCUUUGUUCACCAUAAUGACUCAAAUUGGGUGUUACUUGCCCUGUGAAUCAGCAACAAUGGGGAUAUUUGAUUCGGUAUUUAUACGUAUGGGAGCUAGUGAUAAUAUUCUCAAGGGCAACUCGACAUUCAUGACGGAGAUGUUGGAGUGCAGUAACAUUAUUCAAAGAUUGACUACACGAUCGUUGGUGAUUUUAGAUGAAAUUGGACGAGGCACAGGUACAACCGAUGGAAUUGCAUUAGCGUAUGCGAUUCUCAGAUAUUUUAUUGAAUCGGAAUCGAAACCGUUACUCCUAUUCAUUACCCAUUACCCAUCAAUUCAUGUUUUGGAACAUGAAUACCCUGGAGAAGUUGUCAAUUACCACAUGGGAUUUGAGGAGAUUGGCAAGGAAAAGGGACAAUUCCCCGAAGUCAUAUUCCUGUACAAUUUGUGUCGUGGAGUGGUUAACAACUCGUAUGGGCUCAAUGUGGCAAAGUUGGCGGGAAUACCUGAAGCUGUCAUUGCCAAUGCCUAUCAAGUAAGUGAGGAGUUGAAAACUGAAAUUGAACUUGAUGACGCAAUCAAUUUGUUGAAAAUGGCCCAUUCGGUAGUCGAGGGUAAUACGCAACUUUCUAAUCUAUUCAAGUAUAUAAAGUAA